UUCACAGUCGUGUCGUGGCAUCGCAAAUGUCUCGGGAUCCUCGCCGACGCCCCUCGGGAACGCGCCCGAUGGGCCCGUCGGAUCCACAUCCGUCCUCGAGUGCGUGCUGCACUAUCAAGCUUUCGACGAUCUUGAACUUUUUAUGCUGAUUUCUCAACUUGCAUAUUCACAUUUUGCAAAGAAAGAAGAAACGGCACAUUCCAGUCAUGUCUGAACGAGUCGACAAGACGCUCUGCGUGCUGGGCUGCGGCAACUUGGGCACUGCCAUCAUCAGCAAGCUCGUCGGUGCCGAUGCGGGACUGCCCUUUACGAAAAUCAUCGCUUGCGUCCGCAGCGCGCGCUCACAGGCGUCCCUCGAGGAGCGUUUCCCCGGCACGCUACUGACCGUCCGGCGCGGGGACAACGCCGGCGCGGUGAGGGACAGCGACGUGGUGAUCCUGGGCGUCGACCCGACCGAGGUGGAGGAGGUGCUCGGGGAGGCGGGCGUGGGCGACGCGCUCGCGGGCAAGUUCCUCAUCACGGUGGCGGCCGGGUGGUCGAGGCAGCGGCUCGAGACGGCGCUGUACGGCGACGAGACGACGGCGGAGACGCAGCCGCGGCGGGCGUACGUGCUGCGGGCGCUGCCCAACAUCGCCGCCCUCGUGGGCCACGGCCUGACGGCCAUCGAGACGCCCGCGUCCAACCCGCUGCCGGAGCGCCUCGUCACGCUCGCCGAGUCCGUGUUCGAGCGCGUGGGGCGGACGACGCGCCUCCCGCCGCGGCUCAUGGACGCGGCCACGGCGGUCGCGGGGUCGACACCCGCCUUCUUCGCCAUCAUCUGCGACGCGCUCGUGGACGCGUCGGUGGCGGUGGGCGUGCCGCGGCAGGCGGCCAGGGACAUGAUCGCGCAGUCGAUGCGCGGGAGCGCCGCGCUGCUGCAGGAGGGCGGGCUGCAGGCGAGCGAGCUGCGCGACCAGGGCACGUCGCCGGGCGGGUGCACCAUCGCCGGCGUCAUGGUGCUGGAGGAGGGAGGCGUGAGGGGCCAGGUCGGGCGGGCGCUGCGAGAGGCGGUGACGGUGGCGAGCCUGAUGGGCAGGGUUGAGAAUGUCAACCACACGAGGCGUUGAUGGCGGGUUUCCCCCCCUGUCUUUCGGGAACGUCCAUGGCCUUCGUGUUUCCGUUCCAUCAUCCACGUCCACACUGUGCCAAGCACCGAGUAGUAUCAUCACGGAGUACGACACCUAUACAGUAGAGUCUAGACAGUGGGUACCUAAUUGAAGCGAGGCGGUGACGCUAUCCAGAGAGGUGCGCGUCGUGUUUCGCGUUGACUGAUAUUACGUACAGUAUUCGUAGCA